CCGUUGUUACCCUCAACAUUACGCCAACACUUAACGAAAAUCAACUGAGCAUGGCUUCCGAAGCUUAUAGAGGUGAAGGGGAAGGAGGAACUGAAGCAGUAAUCAUGGAAAACACGAAUCAAAGUCCAACUACCCGCACAGGCUUUGACAGUGGGGUGCAAGAGGCGGUUGUUAAUAUUGGAUUUGAAGAUCCAGGGGUAGAGGCAGAAGCUAAUUUGCUUUUCGAAGAGGACUUCAAUUCAGAAAACGAAGAUGAUGAGGAAUUGCUCCAUGGGAGAUUGGAGCUAAAAAAACUUGUCACCAAACGAAAGAGUGUUGCUAGAGGAAAGGAAAAGGUAAUUCAAGAAGGGACAUAUGAGGAUGGUGAUGAUAAUGACACUGAUUAUUUGACUUCAUCUGAUGAGGGAAGUUACAAAUCUGGGUCAGAUGGAGAAGAAGAGGGGAGUUUGAGAACAAAGUCAAGAUUUCCAACUUUCAAACCAGAUGACAAGGUGGAGUUCAGGUUGGGUAUGAGUUUUGAGUCAAAAGCUGAAGCUAAAGAUGCCAUGGACAAGUAUUCUAUCACUAACAGAUAUUUAUACUAUUGGGCAAAGAACUGUGCUGAUAUGCUCAGGGCCACAUGCUCCAAUUUAAACAAAGGCUACACUUGGAUGGUGUACAUUGCCAUAGAAAGUAGAAGCAAUAGUAAGAAGUGGGUUGUGAAGACAUAUCAUAGUCGCCAUACAUGCAACCCGGACUGGCAAAUACCUAGUGCAACUGCUUCUUGGUUAGUGAAGAAUUUUUUCAAGUCUAAGGUUGGAGUGGCUGAGAUGAAGGUGGGUGCCAUGAGGGAAAUGGUGAAGAGAGAAUUAAACUGUGAUGUUACUCUUGAACAAAUGAAAAAGGCUAAGACAAUGAUUAGAAAGCUUGAAAAGGGAGAUAUAGAGGAAGAAUACAGGAACUUGGAGGAUUAUAAGGAAGAAAUACUAAGGUCCAAUCAGGGUAAUACUUGCAUCCUAAAUCUAAGGCAGCCUAGCCCAGUAUUUGAUAGGUUUUAUGUGUGCUUUGAUGCAUGUAAAAAAGGAUUCCUAGAAGGGUGUAGAAGGCUGAUAGGUAUAGAUGGGGCAUUUCUGAAAACUGAGGUGAAGGGUGAAAUUCUAACAGCUGUAGGAAGAGAUGCAAACAACCAAAUGUUCCCAAUUGCAUGGGUAUGUAGUUGUACCUUCUGAGACUAAAGCCACCUGGAAGUGGUUUAUAGAGAAUCUGAGAGAAGACUUGAAUAUUGGAAGGGGGAAAGACUGGGCUUUUGUUUCUGAUCAACAAAAGGGGUUGAUGCCUGUUUUAUAUGAGACCUUACCUGAUGUUGAACACAGAAGAUGUGCCAAACACAUUUAUGCAAUUUGGAGAAGAAGUCAUGGUGGUUUGGAGUUACAAAGGCAAUUAUGGAAGUGCUACAAAUCUGCCUCAAAAAGGGAAUUUGAACUCAAUCUAGAGGUACUUAAAACUCUUUCUCCAAGUGCUCAUGAUGAUAUGGUGAAGAUAGAUCCCAAGUUCUGGUGUAGAGCCUUUUUCAAUAGGAGUAUCAAGUGUGAAACAGUGGAUAACAAUCUGUGUGAGGCUUUUAAUGGUGUUAUAAUACCUGCUAGAUCUCUGUUUGGUUUUUCUCAAUUGGAAUAUAUAAGAAAAUUGGUGAUGCAGAGGCUAUUAAAGAAUAGGAACCUGGGUGAGAAGUGGGUAGGUGACUUAGGUCCCAGGAUUAGGAGGAUAAACAAAAAUGUAUUUGCCAGUAAUAAUUGGAGGGUUCUUUUCAAUGGUUCUGAUGGGUAUGAGAUCUCAUGUUGAUCAGAGACUUAUUUGGUAGAUUUGGAAAGUAGGAGUUGUUUAUGUGAGCAGUGGGAUGUUUCCGGGAUUCCAUGCAAACAUGCCAUUUGUGCCAUAAGAGAUAAGGGACAUAGAAUUGAGGAUUAUGUAUCUCUUUGGUAUAAAAAGGGAAUGUAUUGCCAUAUAUAUAUAUUCUGAAAUGAUGACCCAUAUUGCUCGACCAUUAUUUUGGCCUAAAACUAAUGUUAAAGUCCUAUCAGCUGAGUUGAAGAAAAAAGAAUUAGGUAGGCCUAGGAAGAAUAGAUUUAGGGAGAAUGGUGAGAUUCCUAUGACUGGCAAGUUAACCAAGAAAGGAACUAGCAUUACAUGUCAACUAUGUUUCAGAAAAGGGCAUAACAAGAAAGGUUGUCCUGCAAAAGAGCAAAUUUUGCAAGGGACAACAACAUUCCCUUCUGAUUUAGGAGGUGGUACUUCUCAACAACCACAAACAGUAUCUGAAGAAGCAAGUCUAAAUGGAGAUCAUGUAGUUCUUAUCAUGAAGCAUUAUGU